AAACAAAAACCCACUUGUCACAGGGUAUAAAUAACUAUCAGUACCCUUAUCAUUCUUUUAUGGUAGACGGAGAAAAAACGGUAAAACACUGCAGACUAGUGCUUCAUGAAGCGUGUUUGGCGUGUCCCUGUAACACCAACGUUCAUAACGGUUACACUCGGGGCGCUUUUUCACCUUAAUCUAGUCAAUGGGUCAGUGAUUUGUUCCAUGGUCGGCAGAUCAAAACACCUUUUCAAGAAUGUAAAAAAAWUACGAAAAAGAAAAUAAAAGUUAGUCAAUAAACAUUGUGGAUUAUUGAUCGUUUUCAGGAUAUAUUGUGCGCAUUAUUAUCCAAAAACAUUUCCUCAUUGUAGCUACAGGAAUUACAUUGGCACAUUUGGUGAACAUUGGUUUGAAAACCAAGCCAUGCUUUGAUUCGCACAAGGCUGUGAUUGGCUGAUCUUGUCACGUGCAUAGACUCGAUUGACCUUUCAGCAGGUAGUCUGAUGAUUUUACCAACCACCGAAUGACUUGAAUCACAAACACCGACUAAUAAUAAACACUGACUCGACCCGACCAAUGUCUUGGUUUGUGAGUCUUAAAACACUUUUACUGAUGACGAACUGCACAUUGGAAUAACAAGAGAAAUUUCCAGAGUUACUGCUUGUUUUAAUGAGUUUACCCUUCGUAGUUUUUGAAUUUUGGUUGCACUGAUUGAAAUGAAGAUAUCUUUUAACCAUGCAAGGCUGUGGCUGAUKGGAUUCUGCAUCGUUACCACUGGUUUAAUUGGGUUAACACAAACAAAAACGCAWAGUAGAUUGCAUAAACACGGACCAGAUGAAGUGAACUUCUCCGAGGUGGAUGAACCAGAGCAUGUGAAUGCAAAUAUCUGUAAUACACCCGAAUGUUACACAGUUGCGGAGGGAAUAAAAAGUGCCAUAGACACUAGCGUAAAACCAUGCGACGAUUUUUUCCUGUUCUCGUGCGGAAAAUGGAUCAAAACACAUCCGAUACCUAAGAGUUACAACGACUACUCCACUUUCACUCGCCUCUCCAAGGAUAUUGAAAGACAGCUUAGAGAUUUGUUAGAGGAGCCAUCAACAAUGGAAACAUUACCAGAAAACGAAGCGCUGCGAAAAGCGAAGGACUUUUACCAUUCAUGCAUGAACACCCAGCUUAUCGAGAAGCAAGGUGCCGAGCCCGUGAAGGAGUAUAUUCGUGACAUUGGAUCAUGGAGUAUAUGCGGUGACGAGGGAUGGGAUAAAGAUAAUUGGGAUAUAUAUAGACAACUGAGAGUUCUGCAAAGUACGUAUUAUCCAGCGACGCCAUUUUUUUCUGUUGAAGUGACAAACGAUCAUCUGAAYUCGACGAAACAUCUAAUAAAGCUGGACCAAUCAGGAUUGAGUCUUCAAAGGGAGAUCUACUUCAAGCACCCUGAGAUGGUAAAGACAUACGUGGAAUACAUGACAAAGGUCGCCAACCUAUUAGGAGCAAAGUGUGACGCAGCGAAGAAAAUGAAAGAAGUCAUGGACUUCGAGACCAAGUUAGCAAAGAUAACGACUUCAGCCGAAGAYAAGGCAGGAGGAAUUUAUAGAAGAAUGCCAUUAAAGAGUCUAAUCAAACUUGUACCUGGAUUUCCUUGGCUUUCCCACAUGCGACACAUUUUUAAGGAGGCUCACGUGACCUAUACUGACGUCGUCUUGGCAACAUCCACAAAUUACCUUCGUGAAAUGUCCAAAAUUAUCAAGAAUACUUCGAAAGAGUUACUGUCAAACUACGUGGUUUGGCAGAUGAUUCGAGAUAAAAUAAGCCUAUUGUCAGAGCCUUUUCGUCAAGCUAGAGCUGAUUUCAAUCGUAAGAUAUCCGGCGUCCGYGACUCCGAUCCAAGAUGGCGGACUUGUACYAGUAUCACAAAUGACAACCUUGGAGUGCCACUUGGGACGUUGUACAUAAAGAAUUAUUUUAACGAGACGACUGUAUCCAAGAUUCAAAACAUGAUUGAAGAAAUAAAAGAUAUCUUUAAGGACAGAGUCAAAGCACACAAUUGGAUAGAUGAUAAAACAACGCAAUAUGUGUUUCAAAAGGCAGACGCCCUAAGAAGCAAGAUAGGAUACGCAGAUUACGUUCUAAGACCAAUAGUGCUGAAAAAGAGGUUUGGCGAUCUUACCAUCAAAAAGGAAUCGUUUUUCAAGAACAAUGUSAAUGUAGAUCGAUGGGUUCGAGACAGACUGAACAAGAAACUGCGCAAACUCGUGGAUAAGCAAAAAUGGCCAAUGUUUCCACAGACCAUCAACGCCAUGUAUCAAUUCUAUGAAAACGAGAUAGUAAUUCCAGCGGGAAUCCUCCAAGCGCCAUUUUACUAUACUGGAGAAGUACCAAAGUCUCUUAGCUAUGGCGCUAUUGGUUCRAUCAUUGGUCACGAGAUGACGCAUGGAUUUGACAACACAGGACGAAAGUUCGACAAGAAUGGCGACAUCGUYAAAGAAUGGUGGAGUGCUUCGGCACUGAAACAUUUUAGCGAACGAGCACAGUGCAUUGAAGAGCAAUAUUCCAAGUAUAAAAUACAAGGAAAAUACCCCUUGAGCGGUAUAGUGACACUGGGUGAGAAUAUUGCUGACAAUGGAGGAACAAAGCUUGCUUACCAUGCCUAUCACAAGUGGCUGAGAGAAAAUGGCGGACAAGAGGCACAACUUCCCAACCUUGACUAUAACAGUGAACAGCUGUUCUUUAUAGGAUAUGCACAGGAAUACUGCAGCCACGCACGACCUAAGACCGAGUACAUUGCCAGUCUAAGCGAGAUCCAUUCGCCUCCAAAAUACAGGGUGAUUGGAACACUUUCCAAUAUUAAGGAAUUCUCUGACGCAUUCAAAUGCCCCAAGGGCAGCAACAUGAACCCAGAAAAGAAGUGUGAAGUAUGGUGACGAUGUUGUUAUAGUGACAACACAAGAAAACUAAUCCGCAAAUAACGGAAAAAUACUCGCGAAAUCAACGCGAAAUAGUCGAAAUCGACUUCGACUAGCCAAGAUGUCUCUCACGUACGCCGCGGUUCUCAUUGCGCGGUUUUAUACCAUAACAACGAACCUUGRAAAUUUUAUUUAUUCYAGAGAUGUGUUUUUGMAWWUUUUUUUACAAUUACUGUUUAUACUGAUUUUUUGAAACAUUUUUUUGCCRACCCCAAAGCAAUGGUUUCGGGCCAUAACGCAAGAAAGAUAGUUUUGAUUACAAACGAUGAACUAUAUAUAUUUCUUUCACAUUCUCUGGAAAUUUCUAACUGUUUUUCUUUGUUUUUUUUUUUAUGUUUCACGGUUCCUGACGCCGUGCAAAGUAGAUUAAAUAAUCAGUACAAUAGAGGUUAUUAAGCAAUGCAGGUCAUUGCAAUCAGU